AAAAAAACACGCAGUAACGGUCUUACAAACGUACUAACUUACGAAAGUGUUGUUAAAAGCAGUCAUCGCAAUUUUUGUUAUUAUUAUAGCACAUUAAAUUUGCAUGACGGGAAAUCUUAGAAAGCAUUAAAUAUGGACGCACAAACCUUUCGAGAGUUCGGCAAAGCCGCCGUGGACUUUAUAGCCGAUUACAUGGAAAAUAUACGCGAUUGCGACGUACUACCCUCAGUCACGCCGGGCUACCUGCUGGAACUACUACCAAAAGAACUGCAAGAAAAGCCAGAGCAAUGGCAAGACAUAUUGAAAGACAUAAAUAAAUUCAUCAAACCAGGCAUAACACAUUGGCAGUCACCGAAUUUUCACGCUUUUUACCCAACCGGUUGUUCUUACCCCUCGAUAGUGGGCGAUAUGCUGGCGAGUGGCUUCAGUGUGAUCGGUUUCAAUUGGCUCUGCAGUCCUGCCUGCACGGAGUUGGAGGUCGUCGUCAUGGAUUGGCUGGCGAAAUUUUUCAAAUUACCCGCACAUUUUCUGCACGCCACUAAAGGCCCCGGCGGUGGCAUUAUACAGGGCUCAGCAAGCGAGGCUGUGCUUGUCGCUGUUAUGGCAGCGCGCGAACAGGCUGUGCGUCGCGUAAAAGCCGCACAACCGCAACUCAGUGAGGGUGAAAUACGCGCGCGUCUAAUCGGCUACUCGAGCGAUCAGAGCAAUAGCUGCAUAGAAAAGGCCGGUGUAUUGGCCACGGUGCCCAUACGUCUGCUGCCUGCCGAUGACACACAAGUAAUGGGUGGCGCACAGUUAGCUAAAGCAGUGGAGGAAGACUUGGCUAAGGGACUCAUACCCACAGUCUGUAUAGCGACAAUGGGCGCCACAGGCACGUGCGCUUAUGAUGACAUCACGACGCUGGCAACAGUUUGUGCACGGCACAAGAUCUGGUUACAUGUUGAUGCGGCUUAUGCAGGCGCCGCUUUGGCUUUAGAUGAGUUUGCGCAUUUGCGUCAAGGACUCGAGCACGUCGACUCACUCAACUACAAUCUGCACAAGUCGCUGGCGAUAAACUUCGACUGCACGGCCAUGUGGCUGCGUGACUCAUAUCAAGUUGUGGAGAGUUUCAAUGUGGAACGCCUCUACUUGCAACACAAAUACGAGGGACAGUCGGACAUACCCGAAUUCAGACAUUGGCAAAUACCGCUGGGGCGUCGCUUCCGCGCGCUAAAGGUUUGGGUUACAUUCCGCAUUUUCGGCGCGGCAGGUUUACGUGAGCACAUACGCAAUCAAAUACGUUUGGCGGCGCGUUUCGAGCGGUAUGUCUUGGAGGACACACGUCUGGAGUUGAUUGCUAAACGCGCUAUGGGCCUGGUCUGCUUCAGAGUAAAGGGAGGUGACCACUUGAGCACCGAACUUUUGCAGCGCAUAACCGAACGCAAGAAGAUCUAUAUGGUGCAAGCGGCGUUUGAAGGCGGAAAAUUUAUACGUUUCUGCGUUUGUGGCAUGGAGCCGAAGGAGGAAGACAUAGAUUUUGCUUGGCGCGAAAUUGAAACGCAGUUGAGUCAAUUGCUAAGCGAAAAGAGAGGAAUUAAUGGGAAAGUCGGUGGGAAAGAGAAGAGCAAAGCAACGGAUAGCGGUAAUGAAAGCCUAGAGGAACAACAAAUACAGCACAAGGAUGGCGCAUGCGCGAUUACUCAACAAUUGAACUCUGAUCUGCACAUAGGAAUAUGCGGAAAUGAGAAAUCUAAAUGAA